AUGGCGGUCCCCGGCCCAGCCCCGGGAGCGGCGGCGGCGGCUGGGCCCUGCUGGGCCGCGCUGCUGGCCUGCCUCAGCCUGGCCUGCUCCUACGUGGGGAGCCUCUACGUGUGGGGCAGCCCACUGCCGCGCGACCACCCGUCAGUCAUCAAGCGCCGCUUCACCAGCGUCCUGGUGGUCUCGGGGCUGUCGCCCGCCUGCGUCUGGCUCUGGAAGGAGCUGACAGGCGUCAAGCCAGACACCCCGCUGCUGGCGCUGCUGGGCCUCCGCCUGGAGGGGCUGGUGCCGGCCACACUACUGCCUCUGCUGCUCACCAUGGUCCUCUUCCUGGGGCCCCUCAUUCAGCUCUCCAUGGACUGUCCCUGGGACUGGCUCGACGGUCUCAAGGUGCUCUUCGACCCCCGCUUCUGGGUGCUGUGCCUCAGCGACGUGCGGUGGCUGCGCAACCAGGUGGUGGCUCCGCUGACGGAGGAGCUGGUUUUCCGUGCCUGCAUGCUGCCCAUGCUGGUGCCCUGCACCGGCCCCGGCCCGGCUGUCUUCGCCUGCCCCCUCUUCUUCGGUGUGGCCCAUUUCCACCACGUCAUUGAGCAGCUCCGCUUCCGCCAGGGCUCCGUCGGCAGCAUCUUCAUGUCGGCAGCUUUUCAGUUCUCCUACACGGCCGUCUUCGGCGCCUACACGGCCUUCAUCUUCCUCCGGACAGGGCACCUCAUCGGCCCAGUGCUUUGUCACUCCUUCUGCAACUUCGUGGGCUUCCCGGCGGUGUGGGCGGCGCUGGAGCACCCGCGGCGCCGGGCGCUGCUGCCCUGCUACGCCCUGGGCAUGGGGCUCUUCCUGCUCCUGCUGCGGCCCCUCACCCACCCCGGCUUCUUCGGGGCCCCCCCCGGCUGCGCCCCGCCGGCCGCCGCCGUCUGCUCCUGACCCGGGCGCGGGGCGCCCGCCCCGGCCCCCCUCCCCCAGCCCCUUUUUAUAGCUGCUGCCCUGCACAGAGAUCUAUUUUUGUGAUUAAAGUGCUUUAAGCGGA